AUGUCGCCAGGUGGUGGACUGCGCUCGCGUGCUGCAGAGAGAACAAAGAGUAACAGCGGAGACGAGGGGGACAGCGACGACAGUAGGGCUAGGAGAACGUCGCCGAAAGGCCUAAGUGGUGGGAGACAGAAGAGGUCUGCGCCUGGUGGUGCGCAGAGCAGCUCGCCGCAGAGUGCGACUGGAGAGGGCGACGAAGACGAGAAGCGGAGGCAUCCGGUGAAGAGAGCUUGUAAUGAGUGUCGUCAGCAGAAGCUGCCAUGUAAGAUCGAAGCGAACUUCAGACGGAUUGGCAAACGCAGCCGUAACGCGGAAAUGGAGCGGGAAAUUAUAGAAUUGCGAAGGCAAGUUGUCAAUGCCAAUGCUAAUGUGCAGUUCCUGGCCCAGCAGCAGCAGCAGCAACAACAGCACCACCACCACCACCUGAACAUGCCUGCAGCUGGCCAUCUUCCAGUACCAUCUUCCAUGCCUUACAGCCCAUCGACGAGCUCGAUGCGCCCUCAUCAAGCGGACCAGGCCUCGGCUGAGUACAUGAGACCACACGAAGCCGUUGCAUCAUUGUUAGAUCUCAAGUCCGGUGGUGACUAUCUGCGCAGCCCACCCGACAAUAACAUAGACGUGAAACGACUGGAAGAUGUGGCAAUUCCUUUAGAUCGGACCGCAGAGCUUUUCAACAGAUUCUUUACAUACUAUCACCCUUUCCUUCCAUUGCUUGAGGCUCAAAAGACCCCGGACGAAUAUUAUGAUACGUCUCCUCUCCUCUUUUGGACCAUCAUCGCAGUUGCUUCCCGCAGGUACCAGACAGAUUCAUCUCUUCUGAAUGCUUUGUCCGGUCCCGUUUUGCGGUUGGUAUGGAGCACACUUGCGGACGUCCCACAAAGCUAUCAUAUUGUCAAGGCUUUAGCAUUGCUUUGCACCUGGCCGUUUCCUACUAGUAGUACGUCCACGGACCCUACUUUCAUGCUCUGUGGCAUGAUGCAGCAAAUAGCACUCCAAAUAGGCCUACAUAGGCCGUCCCAUGCACAGGACUUCUCCAAGUAUAGGGUGGAGUUGAGAGAGGGUGAACUAAAUGAUAGGGUGAGGACGUGGGCAUUUUGUAAUAUUGUUGCUCAGCGAGUUGCAACUGGCUAUGGGCAGCCAUCUUCGACACUGUUUGACUGUACUCUUUCUUCGAAGGAGGCGGAUCUACGACUCCCUCCUGAGGUUAGAGUGCGGCUACAGAUUGAAAAAUUCUGUGAUAAAAUAUCACAAACAUUGUACACUAACCGUCGCGACCCAGUGGGUGUAUUAAGUGACAAGGAGCGAAACGUCAUGGCAUCAGUGCUAUUCAAAGAUUUUGAAGAUCUGGAGGGUCAGGUCCGAACAGAGACAAAUUCCAUAACGAAUGUCUAUUUACGAGCCGCUGGCCUACAUCUACAUCUCUCUAUUUUCUUUGAGAACCCGAGCACCAAGGACUACCGCCAAGGCCUAUCAGCUCUAUACCUUGCAACAACUGCCUUCCUUGAGGCGGCCUUUGGCCUUGAAACGUCCACAGGGCCAGUCCUAUCCUAUUGCUCUAACUACAUUUACCAGAUGACCCUUGCCGCAGGAUUCAGCCUUUUCAAGUUGUGCAACAGCUUUUUCGCCGUCCAUAUUGAUAUGAGCUACACGAAGUCUCUUUUUAGUCGCACUAUAUCAGCCUUUCGCCACAUAUCCGUGAUGAACAAUGAUCUUCCGCAACGAUUAGCCGAAGUUCUAGCUCAAAUGUGGCGAAUGAACUGCGUUGGCAGCAGAAAUAAUCAACAGUCUCAGGACCAAAGGCAUCAGGGAGAAACUAACCCAUCCGAUACGGGAGACUCCUGA